UUUGCCACGACCAGACGACCGUCCAUCGUCGGUCCUCCCCUCCUCUGCUCUGUUGAGCUGCUCUCUCCCUCUGGCCUCUCUCUCUCCGUUCCACUUCUUGACCGACACGGCAAUGGCGAAGGGCGGGCUGAGCAAGCUUAAGUGCAUGAUCAAGAGGUGGCACUCCUCGAGCCGGAUCUCGCGCACGCCGUCAGGGUGCUCGGCGCGCUCUCACGACGUCGGCGACGCUGGCGCCGGGUUCGCUCUGGAGAACUCGUGGAGGAAGGGCGCCGCUGCCUCGUCCGUCUUUGCCUUCGGCGGCGGUGGCACGGGGUCGGCAUCGUUCCACGGCACCGACGGCCUGCCCCCGGGCCUCCACCCGGUCUACGUCGGCAAGUCGCGCCGCCGCUACCUCAUCGCCGCGGACCUCGUCGGCCACCCCCUGUUCCAGAACCUCGUCGACCGCUCUGGCGGCGCCGGCGUAGGCGCCGGCGGGACCGUCGUCGGCUGCGAGGUCGUGCUGUUCGAGCACCUCCUCUGGAUGCUCGAGAACGCCGACCCGCAGCCGGAGUCGCUUGCCGAGCUCGUCGAGUAUUACGCGUGCUGACCGCCUACCCACGGUCACGGCCACGUCCGAUCCACGAUGCCGGCAGCGCAGCGGCGCCCCCGAGCUCGACGGCCGGGGUCGAGGGGUAAUUUGGGUAAUCUGGUUCCUUUGUUUAAUGUUAGGGGUAGAGUUGUAAUAUAUGCAGGGUUGCGAGGGCAAGGAGUAAUCCACAUGGAGAUUGCUAACCUUGGGGUGCUUGUGGUAAUUGUGUCGAGAUAGCCGUGUAAUUACCGUGCACCCAAGGUAAUGCUAUCCCGGGGAAGUUAAUUACUCUCUAGUGCCUGAUCAUGUAACAAUGUGGCUUGCAUGUUUCUUCUGCUAGCUGUUUCUUUUAAGCAGAAUUGAAUAAGAUUUCAGGAACGGAUGUAUGUAUAUCUAUA